UUAAUACAGCGUUGUGUUGUCAAUAUUGUGCUGAGUUUUAUAAUUAGACACAGUAACCAAUAUGUGAUAUCUUGCGAAAGAAACUCUUAUUUCACGAUCUUCUUCUUUCUACAACUUACACCUUCCUCUUAUAUAUAUAGCUUUCACUCGCAUCCACACGAAUCGCGUGCACAAAUGGAAUUACCGAGCAAGACGGCAAGAUGCAAAUCUUGCGGCUUGCAAACAACAAUGCCUCCGGGAACAUAUCUUACCUGGUGCCCGAUGUGUCGAGCAAUGAUCCGAGCUGAGGAUCCCUUAAGUCACACGCACGAUGCCUUUUCCCGCGCAGCGAGCAAGUUCAAGGAUGUGAUGCACGCGGCAUCGAAUGACAUAAGCAUGAUGGCGUCGAGCAUGAAUACUACUUUUUUGCGGUCGGGGAUGUCAGGUUUCUCGCAACCCCCACAAAUACGUUCUCUGCAGCCGAUCGCCUCGGCCACGGCGGGCGGGCGGAAGCGGGCAGUUCUGUGUGGAGUGAGUUACAACGGGCAGAAGUACAAACUGAAUGGAAGUAUCAAUGAUGUCAAGUGUAUGAAAUACUUUCUCAUCAACAGGCUUGGCUUUGCAAAUGACUCUAUACUUAUGCUCACUGAAGAAGAAGCAGAUCCAAACUUGAUUCCAACAAAGAGUAACAUGAGAAAAGCCUUGCAGUGGCUGGUCCAUGGCUGCCAUUCCGGCGAUUCUCUGGUGUUCCAUUACUCCGGCCACGCCUCGCAGCAGCUCGACUACGACCGCGACGAGGUCGACGGAUACGACGAAGCACUCUGGCCGGUCGAUCACCACUUCACCGGAACCAUAGUAGACGACGAAAUCAAUGAAACCAUCGUAAGAUCUCUGCCUCCCGGUGUCAAACUGCACGCAAUAGUCGAUGCAUGCCACAGCGGGACUAUUCUUGAUCUGCAAUAUGUAUGCCGAAUGAACAGGGACGGGCGCUACGAAUGGGAAAAUCAGGGCUGUUUGGGAACUUAUAAAGGCACCAAUGGCGGGCUCGCCGUAUCUUUUAGCGCCUGCGAUGAUGACCAAAUCGCGGUGGAUACUACGGUGCUUUCGGCAGACAAUGCGGCAACGGGCGCCAUGACGUAUAGUUUUAUCCAAGCGGUUCAAAAUGAGCCCGGAUUAACGUACGGUCGCUUGCUAAAUGCAAUGCGACAAACAAUUCGUGAGGCCCGGACGGGAUGUCCCUUGAAAAAGGUUUUGCACCAAAAGUCAUUACAGGAGCCUCAACUUUCCUCCUCGAAGGAAUUCGAUAUUCAUUCGACGCCAUUUACCCUGUAAGAAUGCAUGUAAUCGCAGAACUCGGAAGUCGUCAUUUUCGACUGUCAAGGUUUUCUUCUAGUGUUGAUGUAAAAGGUUCAGUGCUGAAGAAUAAUGUGAUUUAUGUAUGAAUGUUGAGAAUGAAAUAUCUGUUUUGGUCUUAA